CGAUCUGUCGCAUCGCUAUAUUCUUUCCGUUACGAUUCAGUGAUACAUAACUGCUUCCUCGACAUUUAACCGCGCGUGCAUUCCACACCUCGUUUUCAUUGUCCUCCUUUCUCAAGAAUCUAUGCAUCGCUCUCUUCCACAUACAAUCAUUCUUUGGGUUCUCGGAGGAGAUAUAAAGCGACAUAAUUGGAGCUGACAGCUUCGUUUGGGCGGAAUGACUAAAUGGAAACGUAUGAGCUAGAUCCUGAUGUUACUCGGUGGGGCCUCCAUCUACUUGAUGUUUGCACCCUCAAAAAUACUGGUUGUUGUAGUACCAUUACUCAAUAUGACCAAGAUUUAAGUCGAGUUGAGUAUGUCAGAGAAGGUUUUUCUGAGAAUGCUAAUGUGGAGAAUGAUGAGGUUGUAGCACGUGCUCUUCAAGAAGAAUUUUCACGAAUUUAUUCUCUAGAAGCUUCUGGAUUAUCUAAUGUUGGGGAAGCACAUUUGCGAGCGUCUGUUUUGGCACAAGAUUGGCUUGGUCCUUCAGAAAGACGAUGCAGUUCUGGGCAUGAAAAUGAUAAGAAAGGAGGACAUAAUCCUGGCAGAAAGAUGGAGGAUGCAGAUCCCAGCAAAAGCAUGAUACUGAAGGCUGAUGAUCACAGAAAAAUUGGACAUGAUCUAGUGGCUGAACUUGAAAUUUUCAAUUCAUGUUCUUGUCCAUGGGAAAGAUUAUCCAAUGCAGAAGACUGUUUGCGUACAUUGGAUAUUACAGACGAGUCUGCUUUUGAUGGUGAAGUAGGCAAAAGAUUUAAUCAGAUGAUUCCUGUUCCUCAUGUCCCUAAAACAAAUGAGAAAAUACCCUCUGUGGAUGAAGAAAUAUCAGAUCACCAAAGGCUGCUAGAAAGACUGCAGUUAUACGAUCUGGUUGAGCUAAAGGUUCUAGGAGAUGGUAACUGUCAGUUUCGUGCUUUAUCCGAUCAACUGUAUCAUUCUCCCGAUCACCAUGGUUUUAUUAGAGAACAGAUUAUUCGACAGCUCAAGUCUCACCCAGCAAUUUACAAGGGUUAUGUCCCCAUGGCCUACAAUGAUUAUUUGAAGAAAAUGAGCAAGAAUGGCGAAUGGGGUGAUCAUGUGACAUUGCAAGCUGCUGCAGACUGGUAUGGUGUCAAGAUAUUUGUUCUAACUUCAUUUAAGAACACAUGUUACAUUGAGAUCCUUCCACAUAUCCAGAAGUCCAACCGAGUUAUUUUCAUGAGCUUUUGGGCUGAGGUGCAUUACAAUUCAAUUUAUCCCGAGGGAGGUAAACAUUUAAUUCUUCACAAUAUACAUUUUGUCCAAUUUAAUAAAAUUAAAAAUUUGACCCUAAGUACCUACAAUGACAUUGCGACUAAUUUUUAUUUUAAACUGGAAACCUAAUUUUGUUUCUUGCUUCUUAUUGUUCUUUAUCAUGUUUCCCCAUUCAUUAUAAAGCUUUCACCUUGUAAGUGUUGGGAUUCAUUGUCAUUCGUCCUUCACUUGCUGAGGCUACUAACCGGCGGAGAAAAAAACCCCUAUUUAACUAGUCCAUCUCUUGACUCCACUCACUCUCAUGGCAAGACAUACUGCAAGUUUAGCUUUUGAAUCCAAGGCAUUUUGAGAUACCCUUCAGUGCGGCAUGUAAAUGAAAUAUUGGAAGCAUUCUUUUUGGAAUGGAUUGGUAGAUAAAGGUAAAUACAGGUCCUAGGAAGAAUUAAAGUUAGAGAAAACCUGUAGAAAACUAGUCUAAAAGGGAAGGGGAUUGAGUGUGAGCUCAUAUCAAGCCUUCUAUACAUUACGAAAACUCAUUUUAAGGAGCAAUAACCCUAGGGGUUGGCUGGAGUGGUUAAGGCCUUGGGUUUGGGGAUAUGCUCCCCUAGGUCUAAGGUUCAAAUCCCAUUGGGUGCAAACAAUCUCUAGGGGCCAUUGGAUUGAGUGGUUUUCCUUUUGAAUUACCCGAUAUACACUUGUGGGAAACUCCUUGCCGAGAACCUGUGCACUCUCGGGAUUGGUCAGGACGUUGUUCCUGGACACCUGAUUCCAAUUAAAAUAAAAAAAAGGAGCAAUGAACAAUUAAUCCCUCUAUCUAUAUGUUGUCUUCAUUCAACUAGUCCUUUUGUUAUGGGUUGUAUUUCUAAAUCUUAAGUAUUGAAGAUGUUAACAACCCAUUGCCUAGUCCCCCUAGUGAAAAGUCAGUAAUUUAACCAAUUCUGUGUAGAGAAACUUCCGAGAGUACGGUGUACAGGAUCAGGAUUUACUCUGCAAGGGUGGGUCCGAAGGACCCUGCCUUGGAGAGGUUCCCUGACCUUAAAAAAAAAAAAAAAAAAAAAAAAAAAAAAAAAAUCCCCAACCCAUUGCCUAGUCAUGUACACUCAUCCUUUAAAUAUAUUGGAUAAGGCAUCUUGGAAUGGAGGAACCAAUGAAAUAGGAGCAUGAUACAAUUCCUCCAACUGGUUAUUAUCCUUUGUGCUUCUUUUAAAUUUCUAUUUAUCCAAGGAGCUAUUGAAAAGGGUUGCAGAGAUUAUUAACAUUAUGGAUGAUACGACAAGCUCAGUUAAGGUUCUACGUUAAAUUAUUGUUGGCAUUAAAAAAAAACAAAAACAAAAUCUAGCAUAUUUAUUACAAACGUUCGUUAAGUUUUUAUGAUUUAUCAUUUAAUUUACUGUUGUUUCAAGAUCUGCCCGCACCCAAUGUAAAGGGAAAGAAGAAAUGGUGGGAUUUUGGAAGCCUGAUUGGCUCAUGAUGGUUGCAAAACUUCACAUUCGACUCUUUUGCCGGUUGAGAAGCUUUAGAGUUAUCAAGCCAGUGUAAAGCUCUUCAACUUGUGUAUAUAUAUAUAUAUAUAUAUUUAUUUAUAUAUUCUACUUGUCCAAAAAGAAAGGAAAAAGAAAUUGUCCAUGGUUUUGCGAUGUGGUGGACAGAGAUUCAGAAUGAUAUGCAUAUGGUUCCUUUUUGGGUGCCGAUUCUUUUGUAUAUAUUACAUUAUAUUCUUUUGAUUUCA